CAAUCGCAUUGAGGUUGGCGUUGCGCGUCCCGCCAUGUAACGCUCCGCCGCUCCCCGUUCCGCCUCCAUCCAUCAGCUCCGGUUUCUCCUUCGCUUCUCAACCCGGUUCCUCCCUUAUAGGGAUGGGGGGUCGGUGUUCGACACACCGAGGGGGUUCCCGGUCAUGAAGGGUGGCUGGGGGGGCCGUUCCCAGCACCUGCCCGCAGCGACGGGACCCGCAACGAACGGGGAUCCUCCUCGCUUACUGCUAUGGACAGUGCUAUCACCCUGUGGCAGUUCCUCCUCCAACUCCUGAAAGAGCCUCAGAACAAGAAUAUCAUCUGUUGGACCUCCAAUGACGGGGAGUUCAAACUGCAGCAGGCAGAGGAGGUGGCCAGGCUGUGGGGAAUCCGCAAGAACAAGCCUAGCAUGAACUAUGACAAACUCAGCCGUGCUCUCAGAUACUAUUAUGUGAAGAAUAUCAUUAAAAAAGUGAACGGUAAGAAGUUUGUGUACAAGUUUGUUUCUUAUCCGGAGAUCUUAAAAAUGGAUCCUCUUGUCGUGGGCCGUAUAGAAGGAGAACCCGACCUGACCAGCUUUGCAGAGGUUAGCAGUGCUCCAAAGGACGUGGAAAGCUGCGGGAAGGAGAAGUCUCAGUCGUGUGCUAAAUCCUCCAGCCGCAACGACUACAUCCACUCAGGCUUGUACUCCUCUUUUACGCUGAACUCCCUGAACUCUUCCAAUGUGAAACUCUUCAGGUCCAUCAAGAUUGAGAAUCCAGCUGAGAAACUGACAGAGAAGAAAGCUGCUCAGGAUCCGACGCCGUCUGUCAUCAAGUUUGUCACCAUGCCCUCCAAAAAGCCUUCGUCCGUCCCCCUCAUCGUCACCACUUCAACGGUCUCUGCUACAUCCACUGCUUCUGCCACCUCAACUGCAUCCUCUCUUCCCGUGGCAGCAUCAGAAGAAACUCUGCAGACCUUGGAGACUCUUGUUCUCCCCAAAUUAACCAUCCCUGAAGCUCCGGCGCCUUUGCCAAACUUGACCACCAGCUUUACCCCAACUCCACCCGUAUCCUCUGUUUCUCCUGUUCUGCAAGUUCCUUCCACCCCCCCAUCGCCGCCCCUGAGUUCUAAUCCUGACCUGGACAUUGACACGGACAUAGAAUCAGUGGCUUCUCAGCAGCUGGAGCAGGCUCAGAACCUUCAGCAUCAAUCCCCAGAGCCCAAAGAGCAGGAUUCAUCUGUGCUGGAGAAGGAAUUUGCCAAUCACCUCUCCAGAUCUAAAAAACCCAAAGGGCUGGAGUUGGCUCCUACUCUCGUCAUUACAGGCAGUGAUCCAAGUCCAUUGGGAAUACUGAGCCCUUCCCUCCCCACUGCUUCUCUUACUCCAGCACUUUUCUCCCAGACUCCCAUCUUGCUGACCCCAAGUCCCUUGCUCUCCAGUAUUCAUUUCUGGAGUACCCUCAGCCCAGUUGCUCCUCUCAGUCCUGCAAGGUUGCAAGGUGCUAAUACGCUCUUUCAGUUUCCAUCAGUGCUGAACAGUCACGGCCCAUUCACGCUGUCUGGACUGGAUGGACCCUCUACCCCUGGCCCGUUUUCCCCUGAUCUGCAGAAGACAUAGCACAUGAACUCAUGGAAAGGACAUAUUGGCAAGCAAGGAAAAGAGAUGACACUUAUAUUUAACCACGUUUUUUUUAAAAAGAGCAAUUUAUAAUUCCACAGAGAUGAUCAGCAGUCAUAGUUUUUGCCAUUCCCAGAUUAAAAAAAAAUGCCUUUUUUUGCAAAAUUCCUGUUUUUUGAAGACCCAGAUUGGUAAUGUUUAUGCAAAUGCCUUAAUAGGAGCUGAAGCUCCGGUCUCUUCUCUUCCCUCCUUGGUUGGAAGACUUCACUAUGGUGAAAGGGAGUUUCAAUUGGUGUUGCAGUAACUGAGUCUGCACUGUUUGCAGUAUAUAGUAUCAGAGAAGUUGUUUCUCUGUGACUCUUGGAAAACCUCUGUUCUUCUGCUUCCUGUGCUUGGCAAGAAGAAAUUUAAUCACGAUCAAAGCUGGCAUUCCAGGAAAUGCUUGGGAAAGGGAGUGUGUGUGUGCACUCAGCUUUGCCUUGGGGCCUGAUAACUUCUGCAGCAGCAAAACAGCCCGCAUCUUAUCUGCUGUAAAAACCUCUUGUCUCUUUGCAGGUAGAAAUUUUUCAAGGCAUAUUCUUAUGAUUGUGUUACUGAGAUGUGGACAAUUUCUCAAUGACACUGCAAUGCAGACAGCCCAGCCUUGCAUUGCUUGGCUCCUGGAUGCUUCCGAGCCCUCCUUCAGCAAGGGGGCAAAGCCUGGAGACAAACAAAUGGUGGGAUCAGUUCUUUUCACUUCUCAGAAGGUUUGAAUGCUGAAGUCCAAACAUUUCUCGUGCCAGAAGACCUGUAAUCUCACUGCUAAAAGAUGAGCAGAAUGGUGGAUUUUACAUGAGGUGUUGAUGGUUGAUCUGUGACAUGAGGUUGCUGCCUGAUGCUGCAUUUUAAGCCCCAAGCGGUGGGUGAGAACACUGAUGUCUGAGUGUUUUAUUCCCUCAGUUUGAAGUGGAGAAGCUUUUUCCCAGCUCUUAUCUCGAGUUUGGCUUUAAAUCUAUUGGGUUUUCUUUGUUAUUACUCGAGGAAGCACUCAGACCCUGAAAAAGUUAGGCUUAAUAUGCACCGCUAGCUGAGAGAGGUGCCAUGGUGUAUCCACCUCACUGUAAAUUUGCACUUGCUUUUCUUUCCUUGGUGGCUGUGUGUGUGUGUGUGAAUUGAUACAAGUUUCCAGAGCCAUUUGAAACACUGAUGAAAUUUUUAAUUAGAUUUUUAAACCUCAGGAGGCCUUUAAAGAGAACGGAGGAAAUGAAAGAAGAGGGACUUGGGAUGUCUCACUCUGUGCCCUUCCACUUUGGGGCAUCUGCUGUCAGGCAGCAACUUCUGUUUGCCACUCACAUUGAGCUGAGUGAUGUAAGAUAAUCUUCAUAUAAUAACCUUCUAGGAAACAGAUGGAGGCCGUCUCCUUCCUUUGGUAUCCCCCACUGGUUGGCUGGGAAGCUUUAAUGAGCAGAGGAAGGUUGUACCUUAACAGCACGAGGAGCUGGCAGUGUGUUUCUUGCACCUGUUUGAUGGGGAAAUGGUGAGCUCAGGCUUACCACAGUUUUCCUUUUGCCUCUUUUGCAGACCGAACUCACUUUAAAACAUACGUAUGACAAUACCCAGGACUUAAUUUACUGCAGUGACGUUCUCUAUAGAUUCUAGCAUUGAAUAAACCACUUUGUACGUUUCUAAUACAGCACCCUCGACGUGAGUGGGUGUCACGGGGUUGCUUUUUGGGCAUUGUACAUCCAGAAAGUCCUUUGCUAAGUGGGAGAAAAGAACGUGCCUGUUUCAGGUGCAGGUAGCAGGGAGUGAGCUCAUAUAGUGAACUGUCUUCCUGUUGAGUUUCAUUGGAGGAGCAACACUGCUUUGUGUUUAGACAUCAGCAGAUACAGGAUGAAGUUCCUGUGCCGGUGGCUCUUAAAAUGACAAUGUGCAAUAUUGACUUUUUUUCUUUUUUCUUUUUUUUUUAAAUGCAGAGAGAAACCUGCAGAUUUAUAAUUAAGAGCAGGCAUGUGGAAUUUUCUGGUUUGCAUGAUAGCUUAUGAGUUUGCUCUAGAAAAUAUAUAUAGCUAUAUAUAAAUAGCAGCACUUUUAAUGGUUGUUUUAGGUUGGCCAAUUUUAUGCCCAAUGUGUGUGUGGAUUUGAGAGCAACGUUGCAGACUAGGAUUAGAGUUUAAAAAUAACUAAUGAGCACUAAAGACUCGCAAUUUAAUUGCUUCCCUUUCCUUGUCCCCUAUGGAGAAAAGCCAAGUUUUAGUUUAAAAGUUGUGUAUGUGCACACAUGCACUUAAUUCUUUUGUAAACUGUAUCACUUUCAGCAUAGAUAUGCAAGAGAACCAAAUGCUAACUAAUAGAGCUUGUCAGUUUUGCUUGGCCUAGUUUCAUGCUGUUCUCCAAGUAGCUGCAGCAGAUUGCACUGCCAUAGCUGUGAGAUGCACGCUCACCUUCAGGAAUACCUUCUUAGGGGAAGUUGUUAUGAAAGUGCAGCCUCUCUAUAUUUCAGCAUGGUGGUGUCCAACUUCCUGACAGGCAAAGUGAGAAGGUGAUUACUUUUGCUUAGGCACCUGCCUUGGAAAACAGGAGUCCCCAAUGGGGUUGUAAUCUCAGGAGGCAGUUGGGAAAGCAAACAGUAAGACUGGGCACAGGGAGGUGGGAGGGAGGCUUGCUCUCAUGUUUUCCCCACUUCAGGUCACUUAAGAUAAUACUGUCUUGUAUAUAUGCUGCCUCAUUAAGCAGGCAUUUAUUAAUAAGCAUAGAACUGCCAGCUUUUUUGGAUCACAUUCCUUGGAGCUCGGUGAUGUGACUUGCUGGUGCUCUACUGGCUCGCUUCAGGAGCAGUUUGCAGCUCAUUGCAACUUGUUUUUAGUGUAGGGAAGGUGGGGUUAGUAUAGGCUCUUCUUUAAUUAUCACGUUAGCAGUUUGUAAUAUGGGUAUAGUACCAUGUUGGUUUAAAAAAAUAGUGCAGCAUUACAGAAACGUUGUGUUACGUUGCAGUUCACGUUGCUGAAGUAACUGUGGUAUUGUUGAAUGCUUUGAUAGUAUUUGCAUUGGUUAAUUCAUAGGUGGUGGUAGAAUUAGACUGGAUGAGCAUGGAAGCUGAACAUCUGUCUUGCUUCUGGGAAUCUCUUUUUAAUGUCACUGCUGCUGUAUAAUAGUACUGCAGAGUUGCAAAGCUUGUGCUGCUGCUGUCUGUGCUAUGUCUGUCUUUUAUGAGAACCUGAACCAUCAGGAUGCCACUAAGCAACACGUGCUGCAAGCAGACAAUCCAUGGAAAGCAGAAUUGUUCUGCUGAUACCCUACGGUUAUACAACACCCUGUUCCAUCUUCCUGUUCUCAGAGGACGUGAUCCCAGUGAUGAGGGUGGUGGAAAAAAGCUUUUUCUUUAACAGAGUGGAAUCCCAGAACCUCAUUUCAGGAGUCGAUCUUCAGCAGUGGUGGCUGAAUGUAGUUCCUAUGCACUGCCUUUGGCACGUUCACGUUGCAUUCUGCACUAGGUCAGGAAGUGAUGAAAUCCCUCAAGUUUGGGAGUUCAUUGUGUUCCUUCAGAGCGUCCCAAGGCUUUUGGUAUCCAUAUCCUUGCUAGAAUGGAGUGUGUGUUAGCACAGGAAAGGCUUUGGCUGUUUGAGUAGUUUGUUUGGGAUAGUUUCUCCCACUAGUUUUUCAGGCCUUGGAUAUCUAACAUAUAGAUUCUUCUUGUUUUAUCUUCAUAGUGUUCAUUUUAACCACAGCGAGGGCUGUUUAUGUGCAUAUCUUCCAGCACAAAGCUUUUCAAGAUGUCAGUGCUGUGCAAUGUCAGAUCCCCCCACCCAUGACUUCAGCUUGGGUGCAAGAAUUACAGCAGCUUAGUGCUGGGUGGCAGAGCUGGCACACCCAGGCAGCUCUGAUUCUGAGUUCUGCUCCAUUCGGAGCCCAUAGAACUCUUGGCCACCCUUGGUUUAUUGGUGUAUCUCUUAGUUACUUUUUACUACUAUUUUAUAGCUCUUUAUUUGUUGUAUGUACUCAUAUUUUACUCUACCACUUAACUUCUUCCAUUUUGAAUGCGUGUUUGUUUACAAGGCACAUCUCAGUGUUGCACCAAGAGGAAAUCUUGGUAUUGUCAGCUAUGGAAUAAACUACAGCAGUAGUUAAGGGACGUUAUCAGAAUGGCCAGAUGCUUUGAAACUCAAUGUGUGAGUUUUGGGGUGUCUGUAAUAUUAUUCUCCUGUGUAGGAAAUAGAUCUAUCUUCUGGUCCUGGGUAUGGGUGAUGUAUUUGAUCUGACCAUUAGUGGAGCCCCAUGGGAUUUAUGCUCAGCAGAUCGAUUGAAAAUGCAUUAAAAUUGCAGUCGAGUAGCUUACAAAGCUAUUCGGGGUUCCUCUUGUCUAAACAGGAAUUUGUUUGUGGCUUGAUUUGAGUUUAAUUAAGCAGUAAUUGGCAAUGGCUGCUGUUAAAGUCUGAACAGUGUUAGCAAAUCUGCUUAAUGCGAAGCCUUUGGCGACUGCCAUCACGUUGAGUGGUGGUGAAUAUGUGCCGUGCUAAAGUCGAUCUGCUGAAAUCAGAGGCUGUCAGAUGAAGAUUAAAAGAUAAAGCGUGGUGACAGUUGUUUUACACGGCUCUUUGGGGCUGUUACUGCCAAAGGCUUUUGCCUGGAUUGACAUCUGCGGGCGCCGCGUUCCACUUGAAGUGAGCAAAGCAUAUGGGCUCUGCAGGAGGUUCUGUUUGACUUCACUGAUGGUCACCAUCCUUGUUUUGUUCUGUUUGUUCCCCCUCCCCUAAAGAAGUGACCUACACGAUAAGAAAGCAGGGCAGGGCCCCAUGCUUCUGCUUGGAUGUGCAUGCUCACGUGUUUCCCUUUUCAGACAGCAAGGCGUCCGAUCCACAUAAAUGAUUCUACCAAACGCAGUAGAACUGAUUAGAAUUGAUUUUCAUUUCCCCUCCCCUUCCGAAGAACGUCGUAGAAGACUUUAAUUGCGGAGCCCGUUGCAGGCAUCUAAUUAAGAAAGCAAACUUGUACAGCUUGUUUCCUCUAUGCAUUGUUCCGCUGAGGCUGAACAGCUCUCCCUAUACAAACAUACAUGUGCACACCUAUUCACUUGCAGGGGACGCGUGUUCAGGAUGCAGCACAGCUUCCAGGUUUGUACACUCAGAGCAAACCCUGCAGUUGCCACUUUAAAAACCUUUUGCACGUGCUGAUGAGGCUUUUUGGGGCCUGUCUAUUUGUAUUGUAAGCACUCAGGCUGUACUGCAGCGUGGGCUAAGGAUUGCCAUAAGGUUACUUAUAAAUGCAUCUUUGGCGUUGUUGUAUGGCAUAUCUUCCUGGGAAGUGUCUUUAAAUGUAUCUUUGGAACAGUUUUGGAACACAAAUUAGGGCUUUUUGUCUUUUUUUUUCCCCUUUUUCAUAAGAUUUCUCUGUUGAGAUGGUGUAAUUGGCAGCGUUUGGAAAGCAGGGGGCUUGUAAUGGAGACACAGAACGAACUGCAAGCAGUGCAGGGAGGUUGGAAAGCACUGCUUGGAGCCCAUAUCCUUGAGCAGUACGUGCAGCAGUGCUGUACUUAUAACUGGAAGCUGUUUCUAUUUAGUUUUCUUUUUUCCUUUCCUUAUUUUCUGGAACACAGGAAGGUGGCCAGGAUGGGCUCUGCAUGGAUCCUGGUGUGUGCUGUGUGUACAAUACCUGGGUGUGCUCUGGGCUCCUUGAGUUGUGUUGUGGGGUUGGUUUGGUUUUUUGGCUGGCAUGUCUUAACUCUUCAGGCUUUGGAACUGCUUUAGAGAGAAUUGUGUUGACUUUUUGUUCUGCUGUUGUUCAGUUGCACAGAGUUUUAUAUAGACGAUGUAGUAGUUUUUAACGUUAAUUCUCCGUGAACAGGGUUGAGAUUAUUCAUUGUGGUUUAAAAGAAAACAAACAACAAAGUAUUCUAAAACUCCCUUUGAGAAUCUUGUUUGUAUUCUGUUGCAGUGUUACCAGAUGGCCUUAUGUACGUCACAGUGUUUUGUGAUAAGUACAGUAGCACAUUUAAUGCUUAUCUCCCCCAACCCCUCUGUUUUUAUAGCUGAGAAGUGUAUUCUUAAUAGCAGAGAUGGAAUAAAUAGGAAAGUUCAUGCGACACACACAGUAAAGAUAGUGGUUGUCUCCUCCUCUAAUGCAUAUUAGGACAGUUGGAAUCAAUCUGAGGCUGCAGUGACUGAACAGGGGAGGUAACCAACAUGAGGCUUUGGCUUGGGACUGCUGAGAACACGGAGCAAGCUGAUGGCAGACAGCACUUGUGUGCAACGAGCUUGUAAAGCAGGAAAGGUCCAUUGGCUGCAGCAGAGCUGCUCUGAGUUACGGCAGCUGAGGGUCUGCUCCGUGCAGCUUUUUGCCUGUGGCUCAGCUGGAGCCAGGGAGGAAAACAUCAGAGCUGAAUGGGGGACACUUUAAGUGACCAAAUCAGCAAUGGUGAUGGUUGGCAGUUGUUCUGUUUCUUUUUCGAGUGCACAUCUGUUUUGGAAAGUGAUUUUUCAGAUGCCUUUAGUGCUGCUCCUCGAGGGUUUUUUCAGGUUAAUCUGGGCUCUGUGUAGAUCAGCACAGUGAAGCCUGCAGGAUUUUUUGUGCUCCUGCAGCUCUGACUCUUCUGCUUGGGCCAGAUGGAGGAGACAACCACAUCAACUAACUCUGUAAGUGGUUUCUUUCUUAUUUUCAUGUAAUUUAGUAGAAACAUCAGCGGUAAAAAUGAUACAAGGUCAGCAGAUGAAGCUUUCAGUUACUCUUUCCAGAACAGAAUUGUAUUGGAUACACGUGUCUGGUGCCAAGUCAAGAGGCAAAGUAACAUCAUAGCAAACAUGCUUCCUACCUUAGAGACUUAUCCUAGACUGGAUUUUGGAUACAGUGAUAACCUUGCACUGCUUUGGUGCUCAGGUUAAGAGUUGGGAGCGAGUAGCUUCUCAGUCUUUCUAAUUAUACCUUAUAAUAAGAGUAUCUUAAUGCCAUUGUGUUUAAAAACUAAAAUGCUGGUAUGUAAUGCAAGUACAUAAAUAGCCAAAGUUUUCAGUAAUUGUUCAGUGUUACUAAAUUUGCUUUUAUUUAACCUUCCAAGGUAACAUAUUAGGAAGACCUUCAGCGUGUCGAUACCACGUUGGGAAAACAUAUAAGAGUCUGAUCAACUUAUUUCUUGUACAUAUGCAGUUCUUUGAGCACAUUUCAGGUUUGGAGGGCGAAGUACUGAGAUGCAAAACGUGGUUUGGAGGAAGUGCACUGUAAUGACUUCAAAGCGACUCGUGCUGCUUUUAAUGAGCGGCGUAUUGGCAGUUUCUAUUCAAACAUAAUGAAGGUCUUUCCUGAGGAAUCAGGUGACUUUUUUUCUAUUGCUUCGAUAUUUUGUGCAAAAAAAAAAAAGAAAAAAAAAAAGGAAAAAAAAUAAUCCAUGUAUUGCAAUCUUUUUUUUUUUUUUAAAUAGGGUGGGAAUAGUUAAAGAAAACUAUUUUAUGUAAGAACUGACAGAGAGAUUUGCUUUGUAUAAUGCAAGCUGGCUUUAAAAAGAAAAAGCAUUGUAGCAAAUUAUUCAAGUCAAUCAUAUGUUAAUAGUUAUGUGCAACCAGACAUGCAAAACAAUUGUAUUUUUUUAAAUAAAUAUUUUUAACAAACUUCCUGA